UGAGGCUUGCACAGCUGUUAAUUUCAUUGUUCGCGUUUGACGUUAGAAGAGGUUAAUGGAAGUAGGCUGAAGCUAUACAGCUUUGAUUUCUUUUAACCGUAUUGAUAACAAUUAUUUAUUAGCAAGGGUAGCGAGUUUUUGGUGUGAAGUAAACAAAUGUGCUUUAGUGAGUUUCUGGUGUGAAGUAAACGAAUGCGCUAUAAGGAGAACCAAAGUUUAGAAUGCGAAUUAUUUGUCCUGUAAAAUGGCUGAGCCAAAGACAAGUGUUUCAUUUGUGUGUCAGAGAUGUCUUCAGCCUUUGAAACUCGAUUCAACGUUUGGAAACCUGGGUGAACAUACACUCGCUGAAUUAUCUCUUCCAAUUCAUGCUGCACCAGAAGUUGAUUUAGAAUCACAAGCUGGCAGUUUGGACCAGUACAUUCCUGCUUUUCGUUUGACCGAGUCUGGUAAUGGUGCAAAUGGCUUCAUGUUGGUCGGUGAUGAAGGUGAAACAGAGAGCCUCAGUCAUCGUAUAAGGGUGACUGCAAGUUUGUUUGACAUUCUCUCUGGUAACUCACAAGUGGACCACCCUCUAUGUGAAGAGUGCACAGAUGCAUUACUUGACCUUAUGGAUCAGCAGCUGAAGCUUACAGAGGAUGAGUGGAAUGAUUAUAAUCAAUUUCUGAAGAGAUUAGAGGCUGAAGAUGAAGAUCAAUGUAUAGAAUCCUUGGAGAAAGAAUUAGGAGAGUUGAGAGCAGAGGAGCAGCAUCUUCUGCAGGAGUUGGCAGCGCUUCAAGAGGCAGAACUUGCUGCCAAGAAAGCUAUUGAAGAACAAAAAGCAGAACAUGAAAGGUUGGAUGGUGAGGAAGAUCGUUACUUGCGUGAAUACACCAGACAUCGGCGAGAACAGAUGCUAACUGAAGAUGAACUCAUUAGUUUAAAAUGCCAGUUUCAUUAUGCCCAAACUCAACUGGAAAAGCUGAAGAAGACAAAUGUUUUCAAUGCAACAUUCCACAUCUGGCACAGUGGCCAUUUUGGUACUAUCAAUAAUUUCCGCCUAGGUCGUCUUCCAAGUGCGCCGGUAGAUUGGAGCGAAAUUAAUGCAGCUUGGGGUCAGACAGCUCUCCUCCUCACUGCUCUUGCCCGCAAAAUGAAUCUGACCUUUCAACGAUUCCGUCUUGUACCAUAUGGAAAUCACUCAUAUAUUGAGGUGUUAGCUGAACACCGUGAAUUACCACUGUAUGGCUCUGGUGGUUUCCGGUUUCUGUGGGACACAAAAUUUGAUGCAGCCAUGGUUGCAUUCCUUGACUGUCUGCAGCAAUUUAAAGAAGAAGUAGAAAAGGGUGACUCAGGAUUCUGUCUUCCAUAUCGCAUGGAAAGGGGAAAAAUUGAAGAUUCUGCCACUGGAAAUUCCUACUCUAUCAAGAUCCAGUUCAAUUCAGAGGAACAGUGGACUAAAGCUCUUAAAUUCCUCCUGACAAACCUCAAGUGGGGGCUUGCGUGGGUUAGUUCUCAGUUCACCAAGGAUGAGGCCGACACACUGCAGGAAUGAAUUGUGCUUGCAUUGGCAAGAAAACUAUUUUAUUGGAGUCAAAAAGGUGCAAAAUAAUUACAUUUGCACUUUUGUAAAUCAUGUAUAAAAGUUAAAUUGAUGUACAUAUUAAUAUAAAUAUUAAGUCUUUAUUCUCUG